UAGGCUCCCAUUUCUCCUUAGCCCCCCUCCCAUGACUGGGCAUCCCUCCUCCAGCCAGCCAAGCCAGCCAGGCACCCAUGAAUGCGCCGGUGAGGUCCCUACAAGGAGCACCUGGAGCUGCAAACACAAGGCAGGUUGCCAUGGCUAAUACAGUGGCGGAUUUGGUGUACUGGCGGGACACCCGCAAGUCGGCAUGCGUCUUCACCAUCCUGAUGGUGGCCCUGCUCUGCCUGCUUCACUUCAGCAUCAUCAGCGUGGCCUCCUACGUCUCCCUCGCCGCCCUCACUAUCACCAUCUCUCUCAGGGUUUACAGCAAAGCGCUCCAGGCCAUUCACCGCGGAGAAGGCAACAACCCUUUCCAGGCUCAGCUGGAUGCUGACAUUGGGCUGUCGAAAGAGCAGCUGGAGCGCCUGACGGAGCGAGUCGUCUUCUACGUCACGUCGGGCACCAAGUCCCUCCAGCGUCUCUUCCUGGUGGACGACAUGGUGGAGUCCAUUAAGUUCGCUUUCUUCUUCUACAUCCUCACCUACGUGGGAGCUGUUUUCAAUGGGCUGACCUUGCUUAUACUGGGUGUGAUAAGUGCAUUUACCUUCCCUCUGCUGUACAGGCAACAUCAGGCACAGAUUGACCAGUACGUAGGGCUGGUGAGGAAUCAGUUGAGUAACCUCAGAGCAAAGAUGCUGGCUAAGCUGCCAACAGCCAAAGCGAAAGCAGAAUGAAUGCCAUCCUUUCCCCCAUCCUGUACCAAUGCACACACACACAUUUCUCCUUCCUUCCUUCCUUCACCACCCUCAAAAGAAAUCCUUUCUAUUCAGAAACAGGGCCCAAGGAUACUACCCUCCCCCUUCCACCGUCUUCCCUGUACCAACGGUCCGCUUGCAUGCUGUCCACCUUGGACCCAGACGCCUGAGGAAACAGGACGGAGGAGGCCGUGACAUCCAAGAGGGCAACAUGGAGAACCCCUUGGCCAUCUCGACCAUCCCCCUUUUAUCCCUCUCUCCUUCUCCAGCAUGUUCUGCUCUACCUGGGGUUGCCAGAAUCCAAACUGGAAAGGUCUCCUGUCCCUUUUGUUGGGCAAAAGAGGGGCUGUCCAAGCGUUGCUGGUCCUGCAACCAGGUCAAAUGCAAUGCUUGCUGAAGCCAUGUGCUCCAACACUUCACAGAUUAAAAACCAGGAAGCAAGUGUGGCCAAGAAACAUUGGCAAAGAAGAGCAGGCAAGCUAGGAAAGGUUGCAGCAAUUUGCUGUUUCCUCAGCCUGCUGGCAAGGAUCUGCCCCUUUGUCUCCUUUCCCUGUUGCUUCUGCCUUUUGCAGGAGCUGAAGUAAGCCAAGGAUGAAAAAGGGAAAGCAGGAAGAGGAGAGAAACCAGGAUACUUUAAAAGUGGAAUGAUGGAGGAUUUAAUGAGUGCUCAGCUUGUUGGGGGCAAUUGGCUUCCAGAUUGUAAACCACUUAGAGAGUUCACUAUUAAGGUGGUAUUGAAAUGUAAUGCUAUUGAUCGCUCUUGGUAUUUCUUGGGACUGUCCCUACCAAAUCGGGACAUUUGGGGGAUAUGUGAGAUUAAUUCCCUUUUUGACACAAGUCAAGGGACAGGCACCCCUUCCAGCUGCCAAUCUGGCAACCCUACGUUGCACUUGAGAAGCUGUUGGCAAUGAGGGAAUGAGCAAUGCAGCCCCUGUGGGGCAGCUCUCCAGUUUAGUAGCCAUCCAGAAAGGGCUCUUGCCCACCCUAUUGCUUCCUCGGCCCAAACCCAAGAACUUUGCCAUCCAACCUGCCCCCUGAAAAAACUUCUGACAGCUCCCUCCUGACUUCAUGCUCUGCCCCUCAUUUCCCCCACAUCUGCCUUUCCUUCCCUUCCCUUUGGGUUUCAAAAUUUGCCAGACGCCAACCUGGAAGCAACCCUCCUCUUUCCCUGGGACACAGGCGCCGCUUCGAGGGUGGAUAGGACCAUCCAACCUGAGUCCCCUUCACGCCCAAACACACUCACACAACCUUUUCGUAGGACGCUGGGGCCUUCCUGCCCUCCACCUCCGGCCCGGCUGCAACUCCGCUCCCAAAGCGUUGGGGUCGAGGCGCCCGGUUCUUUAAUUUUGCCUGGAUUUACACUUUAAUAAAAACGGUUGUGGAAAAACAAAAA